AUGGCUUUCAGCAAAAAGUUCCACUGGAUUUUCAUAACGUGGGUUUGCUGUAACCUGAAUGUCAGCCGCUCACAGCAAGCUGAAAGCGUGAAGCAAAGGAAACCGUUUUUUGAACGGCUCAGACGGCUGGAGGAGCAGUUUCGGCGAUUUCAAGAACUUAGCUUGACACGGUUACAAAUCAUUUCGGAGAACUUCAAUAUUUCUUCGAAUGUAGCCACACGACUUCAAUCGCUGACAGAGCAGCACAACAACAUCACUGCCACCAUGUACAGAUUCCGUACUACUGCAGAAAAUGACAUCGGGAGCUUAAAAUCGUGGAUGAAGAAACUGCAGAAGAAAAUCAAGAAAAUGGAUCUGAAGAUGUCGACCUUGGAGAAGAUCCUCAGUGAGCGAAGCAAACAAAUGUCAAAAGACAAGAAAGAGCAGAACUCGAUCGUGUCCAACCUGACCACAGCGAUAGAGGGUCAGAGGGAUGAAAUCCGUUCCUUGGCCGCGGGCAGGAACAAACUACAAAAAGAAAUGGAGAGCAUUCGCGAUGAGGUUAAGGGUCAAGGCGUUAAAAUAACCAGCUUUGAGGAGCAGUUGAAAAGUGCCUUGCAGAACGACGCUCUCUCGACGAAGCCUCGUCUAAUGCAGUCGGCAGCAGCGCCAGAGCCGCUGGAGCACCGGGCAAGACCGCUUAAGCAGGCGCCCAUAGCCAAGCAGCUGGCCUCCAAAAAUGAAGGGUCAAUCUGCAAUGUGAAUUCAGUGAUGCAUUUUCCCAAUUCUUCCACUGAGAACUAUGCAACCUUUGGCAAAGGCUUUUCAACUGGGCUAUCUGAAAUGACUAUCUGCUCUUGGCUCAGAACCAAGUCAAACUAUUUAGGAACUAUAUUGUCAUAUGCAACAGAGGAUAAUGACAACAAAUUGGUACUGUACGGCAGAAAUACAAGCAAACAAACCACCAUACAUUUUGUAAUUGGAGAUCCAGCAUUCAGGGAACUUCCUGUGAUACCACUGUUAGAUGGCCAGUGGCAUCACGUUUGCAUCAUCUGGUCUUCCUUUGAGGGUAAGUACUGGUAUUACAUAGACAGACAUCUGGCAGCAGCUGGUUCCAAAUUCCAAAAAGGCUAUGAGAUUCCAGCUGGUGGAACACUUAUAAUAGGCCAGGAACAGGAUAAUAUGGGAGGAGGCUUUGAUUAUACUGAGUCCUUUGUAGGAAAUUUGGCUGGAUUCACAAUCUGGAACCGUGCUUUGACUCCUGGAGAAAUCCCAAGCAUCACUACAGGAAAGUCAUUACCUGGAGGCAGAGUUUUAACUUUCAGUGAUGUUUCCAGUCUUAAUGGUGCAGUUCAACAUCAUAAUUGUACAUGUCUAGAACACUGUUAG